AUGAUGGGUGAAGCGAACAUGAACACCCCUUGCCUCAACAUAGCUCUGGUCGCCGAGGAAAAGUCGACCUAUCUACAGCUCGGCUAUUCGGAAGAGCAGUGCGCGGCGCUUCCACACGAAGGUGAAAUUGAUGCUGUAUUGGCUACACUCCAAAGUCUGGGCUACCAUGUCACGCGGGUGUCUGGCAUACAAUCCCUGGUCCAGCUACUAGCGGCGGGAAAGCAUAAGAGCUGGGAUCUGGUUUUCAAUAUGUCACAAGGCGUCUAUGGAUCUGCAAGAGAGGCACAGGUCCCAGCGAUCUUGGAAGCGUAUCAAAUUCCUUAUACAUUCAGUGACGCCGCGACAAUGUCAUCAUGCCAGAACAAAGCUGUCACAAAGACUAUCCUAGACCGUUACAAAGUUCCUAACGCGCCUUUUGCCUUGAUUCCUAUGCUGGAGGGGAAGGCGAACAUUUCUGAAUCUUGCGCGGCACUGCCAGCUUAUCCACUGUUUAUCAAGCCGGUCAGCGAAGGAUCCUCGAAAGGAAUUGAUAGCUUCAACAAAGUGAAUGAUUCAGCGGAGCUGGACCUAGCAUUACAAGAACUAGGUUCCAAAUUCCCCGACCAAGAUGCUCUUGUGGAAUCAUUCUUGUCGGGCAGGGAAUUCACAGUGAGCAUGUUGGGAACCGGAGCACAUAGCCGGGUUAUUGGAAUCAGAGAACAUAUCUGGCAAACGUCCCACAACCACAGCAACGACAAUGCUCACCGCUCAAAUCCGUCGCUGGACUUCGCUUGCGUACACAGCAAGUCCAGUACGGCAGGUAGGAUGUUAGUAUACAAUGACUCGCAUGACAUGAACGCACCUCAAAUCAAAGCUGCCUGUCAGGUUGCUUUAGACACUUGGAAAGUCUUUAAAUGCCGGGAUAGUGGGCGUGUCGACAUUCGCUUCAGUUCAGACAAACAAGAUUCCAUUCCGAAUGUGUUGGAGGUGAAUCCUAUUGCUGGCCUUCUUCCAGGCCAUUCACCAUUGCCAGCAUCGGCGAAGGUAAACGCGCUUUCCUUCGAGGAACUCUUGUCUGGAAUUGUUGAAAGCACCCUUAAACGAGCACAUCAUCCAUCUUCUCAUGCCGAUCGCAGGCAAUGCCCCAUUCACCUAAAAGCGGAUCGCGAA